AACAGCCAGUUUAGCUCAGAUAUGUUCGAUUAGAUACCGCGCGUAUUCAACCAAACAAUCAGUUAUUUUUGCACUCGAUCAAAAUCCCGCGUUCGGAACGAUGAAAUUCACAGAAAUCUAUCUGGUGGCCAACCUGCGCACGUACGAUUACAGCAACACGAUCCUGCUGGCGGACGACAUAAACACGAUCGUGACGGAACUGCUGGGCGCGAGCGACCGGGACUGUCUGGAGUGCUGCGAGCAGAUGCUAGUGCUAGGUCUAAUUCUAGGAUUUGCUCUCGAGACGAGCCGCCACAGGGUGAAGAACUACGCGGAGCUAGAGGAGCUGUUGCAGUUUCUCUGGGGCAGAGCGGCCGAGCACGAACGGAAGUGGAUCUGGGUGCGGGAUGUUGGUAGUCGCGAGAUUAUCAACAAGAUUGCCAAGCGGAUCCUGCUGGGAAAGGAUGGGGAAAAGUGUAUGCGAAUAUUGAGGCUAUUCUUCAAGAAGUGGAGCAACAAGGAUGAAUUCAAAAAAGUAUUCUUCGAAGUGAGGCGAGAGGUGGCUUGGAAGCAGGCCGCAAAGGAUUAUUUGUAUGUGAGAGAGGGGGCUGCCGCCGAUGUGACCGAAACGCUGGAAAGUUACACCAGAGCUGAUGCGAUGCUCAGUUGUGACUCGGCGGAAGCAGUCGAGAAUGCAGCGGAAUGGAGCUUGAGCUCAUUGGCGAAAUUUGCCAGUAUUAAGUCCGACAGCUCUACGGUUGUAAAGAAAGUUCUCGCCGGAAUGUUGGUACACAUCAAUAUUGGCGAUGAGAAAUACCAUCAGUGGCAAUUGGAUGACAUAAAAAAACUCACAAAAGAUCCACAGAAAUUGGAAGAGUAUCAAAACCUAAUGAGCUUCUCGCCGUUUUACGAUGUGAAUGUCGCUUUUUUGAAGAAACACCACCAAAAAUUGAGAGAGAAAGAUCUCUUGUUCGAUUCGCACACGGUUCUCCUGUGUCACCUAAUUUACGGCAAACACAAAAAUCCCAAAUUCCUGGAGGAAUUCCUCAACGAAGCAACCUUUGGCGGGUCGAAAAAUUUCAACAAAAUCUUAGCCACGCUCCAGAACUUUAGAUAUUAGUAAACAUUGUGCCGCAUUGGUGAGAGUGUAGGGACCAACGCGGCACGACCCCACAAACACAAUCUCAAGUGAAGAAUUACUGGAGUUAAUGGACAUGCCCUGCGCUUGUGAAUGGAAUAAACGAGGCGAGACGAUAAUAACAGUGAAUGUGUGUCCGACUGAGGGGCAAAAUCCUCAAUGCGACAUCGUUUGUCGGUCGAUUUCGUAUUAUACCCGGAUUAGUUGCGGUGAAGCAAGUGACGUUCGCUUAUCAGUUGCUAUCGGGUGGUGAAGACAAAGUUCAGUUCGAUCACCGAUAAGUAGUGGGUACCCGGAUCAAGCGGAAAUUAUUCAUGAGACAUCAAUCGAUGCACAAGUGAGCCAGCAGGAGGACAAUGAUGAAUUUAAUCUGAACGACUUCCGGGACGAUAGCGUGGGUGGUCCCCAACAACAACAACAGCAGCAGCAAUCCCACUACAACAACAACAACGACCGAAGGCCAUCGUCCGAUCGGCCACUGCUAACCCCCUUCUGUUCACUCGAUUACGACUUUUACGAGGACAUGGACGAGCGGGACAGCAUCUACUUGGACGCUGUGUCCCUCACCUCGGAGGGUGCCGCCAAUCGGAAAUCGUUGUAUCUUUCCCGCCAAACCGUGUACCACUCGGCGGAGGAACUUCCGCUGGACGCAGUGGUGACGCCAACUGCGGCCGCGCCUGCCGGCAAUGGUGCACUGAGGGACAUCACGACAACCACCGAGUCACUGCUGAACGACUCGCGCGCCAACGGAGGCCUCCCGAACAUGCCGUACGAACCACGGCCGGGCAGUGGACCCUCGUCCGCCGGCGGAGGUAUACUGAAGCGGCCCGGGAUGACGACCAAGUACAGCGAAGAGGUGCCCAACCGUAACGCCCCACUAGAAUCCCCAUCAUCCACCAACCCCAACAACUACUACUGUACAAGUAUAAGCACUAACACCGACCGUAAGCAUGAGCCAAGACAGAUAGUUACAUAUUCGCUGUGGAAAACUAGGACAUGGAACCGCUUCCAGGACGGCAAACGCGUCGUCGACUUCAUCCUCGCGUUCAACGGGCAGAGCCAGUGCGAGAUCACCGCCCGGAAGCGUGCCAUCUUCCAGCAGAACCUGAUCAACGAGGGGCUGGAGAUCGAGCUGGAAAGCUCCCAGCGGAUCCACUUCGUGAAGAUCCACGUCCCGCGGGAGGUGGUUUCGCGCUACUGCGAGAUCAUGAAGAUGCGGAUGCCGAUCGUGAAGCUGAAGGACCAGGAGAACAUUAUCACGAAGGACUUUAGUUUUAGCAGUACGGUAGCGCGGUUCUUCCGGAGGCCGCUGUUCAAGUUUGUGGUUAUCGAUCGGGAUAAGUUUCGGAAGGGGGAGUAUCAGUUGCAGCACGAGUACACCCGGGAGAAGUCGUAUCUGUUCGACGACAGUCAGUCGGAUUUCUUCACGCCGAGCCUCCGGAUAGCGGUGGCGCAUUUCAUACUGGAGCGGACGUACUUUAGCGAUGGGGAGGGGGAUAAGUACGACAUUGGACUGAGGAAGCUGUUGAAUGAUGGGGUUUACCUGGACGCGUAUCCACUGCACGACGGGAGUCCGGAUCUGCCGGAGUUGGAGUGUCAGCGAACGCUGCUUUUGGAGGAGUGGGCAUCGGUCAUCCGGUGGAUCAAGCAUCAGCCGUUGGAUCACAUAAAGGAGUACUUUGGGGUUAAGAUCGCGAUGUAUUUCGCCUGGCUUGGUUUCUACACGCACAUGUUGAUCUCCGCCUCGGUUGUGGGGCUGCUCUGUUUUCUGUACGGAUUACUAACCUUCAAAAGCAACCGCAUCAGCCAGGAAAUUUGUAACGAUAACGGCACGAUCAUGUGUCCGCAGUGCGAUGCUCGGUGCGACUAUUGGUAUCUGCAUACGACUUGUACCACCUCACAGCUAGGUCAUAUCUUCGAUAACAACUUCACGAUCGUGUUCGCUGUGUUUAUGUCGAUUUGGGCCACGCUGUAUCUGGAAAUGUGGAAGCGAUACUCAUCCGCUCUCCAGCAUCGAUGGGGUGUCACGGAUUACUGCUCACUUGCGGAACCACCGCGACCGCAGUACUUGGCGAGACUGAAGGACAGCAAAAAGACCAUAUUCAACAUCGUCACUGGCACCCAGGAACCAUCGCCCCCAUUUUGGACCAAGAAGCUGCCCAGCUUCAUGUACAGCUACUCAGUGAUAUUUCUUUUUAUCACCCUCGCGAUCGCGGCUGUCUUCGGUAUCGUCAUCUACCGCAUGUCGCUGAUGACUUCCCGCAACAUCUACGGCAGUCCGGAUGCGGUGUCCACGAAGCUUGUGCUGCUGCCGGCGACCGCUGCCGUCAUCAAUCUGCUCGUCUCGACGAUCCUGAACUACGCGUACGACUAUGUGGCGGUGUACAUGACCGACGUGGAGUACCGUCGGACGCAGAGCGAGUACAACGAGAGUCUCAACCUAAAAAUCUACCUCUUCCAGUUCAUCAAUUACUACAGCUCGAUUUUCUACAUUGCCUUCAUGAAGGGCAAAUUCCCCGGCUAUCCGGCCAAGUACAACCGGAUAUUGACGCUCCGCCAGGAGGAGUGCAGCCCGGGAGGUUGUCUGAUGGAGCUGUGCAUCCAGCUGGCCAUCAUAAUGAUCGGCAAGCAGCUGAUUUCGCUGAUACUGGAGAUUCUGAUACCGUUCCUGUGGCAAAAGUUCCGCGAGUUCCGAAGCGUGCUCGGAAUCGAAGCGGAGGACUCGGAAAACGGGGAGAAACUGAUCUGUUGCAACCAGUGGACCAAGGACUUCAAUCUGAUCAGCUGGCAUGAUCGAAGUUUGUUCGAGGAGUAUCUCAAGAUGAUCAUCCAGUAUGGUUUCAUAACCAUCUUUGUGGUGGCCUUCCCGUUGGCUCCGCUGUUUGCCUUACUGAACAAUGUGUUCGAGACGAGACUGGACGCGAAGAAGUUCAUCCUGUACUACAAGCGAGCGGUUCCACAGCGCGCUCGAAACAUUGGCAUGUGGUACAAUGUGAUGCACGUGGUCGGAAAAAUCGCCGUCAUCUCCAGCGCUUUCAUCAUUGCGUUCUCAUCCAACUUCAUCCCCCGGCUGGUAUACAUGUACGUCGUGAGCCAGGACAAAACGGACGUUGGCUACGUGAAUCACACGCUGGCAUACUUCAACGUGAGUGACUUCGAGCCGGGUGUCGCACCGAUGCUGUCCAAAUUUGCCAACGUAACCACCUGCCGCUACCAGGAGUACCGGAAUCCACCCGGGGUGGAACGGGCCUACAAACGACCGCUCAUCUAUUGGCACAUCCUAGCGAUCCGGUUGGCCUUUGUCGUUAUCUACCAGAACGUGGUCAGUUUCGUACAGAUCGUCGUAGCGUGGGCCAUCCCGGAUACCCCUGGCCGGCUGCAGGAUCAAAUCAAGCGCGAGCAGUAUCUGACGAAUGACUUCAUCAUCAAGCAGGAGAAGCUGAAGACACGCCAGCGGAAAUGCAUGCAACGGAAUGGAUCUGCCCUGCUCGGGCAGCAGACCAGUCUCGAUGAGUACGGCGGGACGACCAGCUUGAUUGGGGAUGAGGAAGACGACAAUUACGCGAUGCGACAGCGGAGACGACCGAACGGUGGCAGCCACGGAGGAGAUCCAUACGAUCACGAACGGUUCCAGGAGUGCGAGAUCGUCACCUCCAGGGUUUAAACGGGAAGGACUGAGGGCAGCGGGAAGAAGUUACCCAACAAUUUAGUGGAUAAGAAGGCAAAACCCACUCGAAUAACAACCAAACCGUACUGAUAGAAGAUUGUUUUUGUUCGUUUCGGAGGGCAAACAUUAUUAUACGUGACAAAGCACAGCGAAAGAUAUUUUUCUUUCCGAUGAUUACGCUACAAGCAUCCUAUAACUGAGCUUUACAAAAGUAAGGAAAUAUGCCAACUUCGCGCAAACUACUUGAAAUACAAAAGGAGCAAACUGUUUUUAAUAAUUAGACUUUCGGUGCAUGCGAGACGCAUGGAUGCAUGCGCGGGUGGAUAAAAACACACAUUUGUUAUAUUUAUACACGGUAAAUAAAACUACCCACGAACAUCUAUUUAUUACUAGAUAAAUUAAUAAAAACCAAGUCUUUUUAAACUCUA